GCCACCCUACUCCACACCGAUGGCAGCAGCGGCGCGUGAGGAUGAACACGGGAUUGUUGCGGAAGCAGAAAAACCCGCACAGUGACACAACUCGUGAAGAAGAGGUGCGUGAAGGUAAAUAAGGGGGGGGGGGUCACAUUUUGGGAGAGUUGCGGAACAAAGAAGAAAUAAAAGAGAAGAGAGAGAGAGAGAGAGAGGGGGGCUGGUUCCGCUCUGAACGCACUGAGCUCCAAAGCCCGGCCGGUGCCUGCUGAAGUGACCGAGGCAGAGUGCGCAGAGAGCGGCCGCUGGUAGUGGAAGGCUGCGGGGGUGAGUGGACACCGCUGGAGCUCCUGUCCGCGCCUCACACUGUAUGCACGGACGCCGCAGAUCAUUCUCUUCAAUAUUAAAGUGGAAGUGGUUGCGUCCUUCGAUAAAACUGUGACCUGUUUUGCUGUCCAGCGAUGGAUUCACCCACAGAUCUUUUCGGUGACUCUGCUUCCCAGAUUCAUGCAUUCGCUCCCACUCUCAACUCCACAGACCUCCCCGGAGUCCAUCCUCAGCCUAGCGCAGGUCGACCUCCUCCUGCCUUCAGGCCUCCCAGCUUUCCCCUCAUUCACCACCUCCAUCAGCCAGGGGGAGCAUCCAGGAGGAGUGGAGCACAACUCAACACAAACCUGAGCACACACCGACACCUGGAAGACAGAGAUUUGGAGGAAGACAGGAAUGCACAGGUGGAGCGGGGGAUUGAAGGACGAGAGAAAGGGGUCCUGGAGGGAGAGGAGAGCUUGCUGGAGGUGAAGAAGAGGCACAGUGAUGCCGUUCUUGCAGCAGAGUGGAGCCAAGAUGUGUUGAAAGUGAAGAGGAUGAAACUGGAGAGUCGGCAGAGGGAUGGAGAGGCUGAUGGAGAAGCUAAUGAGGGAGGGAGGAGACACGUGGGAGGCAGGGAGGGGAGGAGACGAGAGAGGGAAGAGCUGAAAGAGCAGCUGGAGGAGGCGAGAGAGAGACUGCAGCUCCUGCAGGAGAAAGUAUGGAGGGCUUUUGGGGAAAAGCACAUGGCAGAGGAGGAGAAGAAAAGGAGGCGCAGGAAUGGAAACAGAGGAGCAGCGGAUGGAGAUGUGGUGAUGAUGGAGGAGGAGGACAUAACAGAUGGGAUGUAUGAUGAAGAGGACAUUGACGAUGGAGAGACUGAAAAGGAGUCGUUCUCGCUUCUUUCUGUUUCCCCUUUUGAAAACUUCCACACUCAGAGGCGGAGAGACGAGAGGCAAAAGGAGAAAGAAAGGAGGGUGGAGCGAGGAAGAGGAGGACUGCACUUGGAGGGCCUAAUGGAGGGAGCAGGGUUGUGGUUGGAUUGUGGAGGACUGGUGAGAGGAGACUGGGAUGGAGGGAUGGAAGAUGAGGGUGAGGAGGGCGGGCAGAAGUUCGCUCAGGCACUGAAGCUGGAGCUGGGCAGCGCCGUGGCCCGAGUCAUCGACCGAGUUCUCCGCCUCUACACUGAAACGACAGAUUUCACUCCUUCCUCUCCGCCUGCUGCCAUCUCCUUCCUCCCAUCUGAUGUAGGCAACGACGGAGGGAGGGAGAGGGGAGUGUGGAUGGGACUGUUAACGAGAGGUAGAGGGGAGGAGAAAACGAGGGGUAAGGAGGAGAAGAUGGGAGGGCAGGAGGGAGAAAGAGAGAAGCAGCUCCAGAAGAUGAGGAACGGGGGCGUCGAGGCUCAGGGGCAGCUGCACCGCAACGAGCCGUCAGAUCUGACGAUGCCAUUGGCUGUUCAACGUUCACCGGACAUACGGAAGUCUCACCCACUCCUUGGCCCACCUCUUUCCUCCCACCUGAAUCCCUCUCACCCAAACCUCUCCCUCCAUCACCCGUCACUACCUCGCCCUCCUCCUCUCUCUCACCCUCCCCUCUUACCUCCAACCUCACAGGCCAAGGACCCCUCCUCCUCCCAUCCAUCCUCUUCCUCCUCCUCUUCCUCCUCCUCUUCCUUCCCCGCGCCUCCCCCUCCUCCUCCUCCUCCCCCUCCUCCUCUCCCUCUCCCACUGCUGCACUACUCCAUGCAGCAACUCUUCUCCCGCGCGCUCCACCACACACAGCUCCCCCACAUGCCACCGCCCCGGAAGGACUACCUAAACGCUGAUCCCUUCCUGGAGUUCUCUUCCCACCCCUCGUCCCACCCCUCCUUCCCACCACUCCCCUUGCUCGGCCACCUGGACCCCGCCCUCGCCCGGCACGCCCACGGAGGCAGGGAGAGGGAGAGGGGGAUGAGAGGAGGCGGAGGGAUGGACGGAGGAGAGCUCUACCUGACAGCUGGGGGAACCCAGGAGGGCUUGUCUCCCUGUCAUCUGAAGAAAGCCAAGCUCAUGUUCUUCUACGCACGUUAUCCCAGCUCCAACACUCUCAAGACGUACUUCCCUGAUGUCAAGCUCACCAUGCCACGGGAAGGAGCACCUCGUCUGAGCAGAGAGACUCAGCUGCGAGUGGGCCGUGACACGGAGCUGUACCGCAUCCUCAACAUGCACUACAAUAAAAGUAACAUCUACCAGGUCCCUGAGAGGUUCAUCGAGGUGUCCGAGGUGGCUCUGAGGGAGUUUUACUCAGCCAUUUGGACUGGCAGAGACAGCGACCCCUGCUGGAAGAAAGGCAUUUAUAAAAUCAUCUGUAAACUCGAUAGUCCCGUGCCGGACGCCUUCAGACUGCCCGGCUGUCCUGUCGGCUGACCCAGUGGACUGCAAUGAUCUGGUACAAAUGCACAAAUUCAUGCCCAAUCACAAACAAACUGAAAGAAGGGAACAACAUACAACCAUAUACAAACCGUACAAUUCCAGACUGUGAGGAAACAUUUGAACAGUUUGGUUCCUCAUAAUUCAUUCAUGUAGAAAAAUAAAACUCAUUUAGGUGAAUAAAAUGUUGUUUGCGUGACAGUGUACAGGGAGCGACACACGUGGACUGUAGCGAGCGACACACUCGCAGCCCUGUGCUGUGGAUGAGUCUUGUGACUGCACUUAUCAAAGAAUGGGACCAUACCAUUGAACCGGUAUGAAUAGACCGAGCAGGAGUUCCCUCUCUUCCAAACGUUCUCCAGCCGUCAGUUGGAUUGUGAAAUGAUAGAGCUGCGACUCAGGUUUGAUAACACAGACAGGUUUUAAUUCCAAUAUCAUUCAAAAAAUGUCAACAUAUAUAGUCACAGUAACAUGGUGUGUGUCACCACGAGUUGGCAGAUGUGUCCAAAUCCAUGAGCCAUGCAUUGGUUUCACAUCCAGGAGCAUUUCAAGGGACUUUGGGGGCCACAGGUAAAAGCAAAGCUGACCCCCCCCACCCCCAAGAAACAUAUGACACCAAACACAUCAUUAUUUUCUUAAUUAUUAACAAAGUGCACACACAUAACUAAUAGCAAAUGUAGUAUUGAUUAAGUGCAAACUCACGUUCUCGACUUCAUCCAAAACUCUAAAAUUACAAAGCCUUUGGCAGGAAGCUAAUGGGAUCUCAUCCGGGGGUUUCUGAUCAUGGUGUCAUUGCAGUUUCCUGUACAUAAUCCAUCAUAGAAUCAAAGGGGGUUCUCCCCAGGCAUUUGCCCUCUUUCCCCACCCUGUUGCGACGCCCCUGUUCACGUCAUUGAAUACAUUCCCUGCACAUGUAUUGUAAAUUAUAACAAAUCAUGAAAGACCUGUUUUUAAUGCGUUGAUUCAGCCAUCAAACCAAGUCCACAGCCUAAGAACCUAACAAGUGUCUCCCAUAAGGUGACUGGUCCCAUUUCCCUCAUCUUCACUUUCAGUGCACAUGAACGCAGCCAUGUGCACUGAAAUUCACUAAUUUGCCGCGUAAUCACCAACAAACCUAACAGUCACACAAAUUUAAGUAUUACCCUCCAUUAGGAGUGUUCAUGGUUUUUACAUUACAUCGAUAAAUAAUCAUUUUUAAAACCUCAAGUCACAGGUCAGUGGGUUCCAUCAGUGGGUUUAUUUUGCUUGUGUAUCAGUCUCAGUUUAAUAUUUCAUUAUUAUUAUAGAGCUUUGUAAAGCUUUUGUACAAUGUAAUCUAACUGUAAUUAAAAUUCUGUUAAGAGAGGGACAAUAUAUUGAAUUUCAAAUGGUUAAAAUGAAUGUUUUGUUGUUUCCUUGAUAUACUCUUGCAGUUGAACUACUUAUGCUUUUGUAUAAGUUUAACGUGAAGCUAAACUUGAUAGGUCAGUUGCACAUUUAGUAUAUAUCAAUAUUUGUUUCCAGAAGGUAUGGAGGACUCUUUCAGUCUAUUAUAAAAGCCCAUAUGUAAACUCUUUGUGAUUUGUUUUCAAAUGCAUGUUUCCUAUAUUUGACUUUUGUAUUGUAACCCUGUGCGUUUCUCUCAUUGCAUUUAGUGCUCUCUCUCUUUUAUAUUGUACAUACACGCUUGUAUUCUUUUAUCGUAUAUCUGUGCCUCAAUCCAGCUGUGGUGAAUUUUGAUGUUUAAACAGUGAAUUAAAGUGAUGGCAGGCUCCUGUUGGUGUGAUGUCUCACACACAUACACACACACACACAUGCACUAUCUCCUGGUAGACAACACUGAUGCCAUCAUACAUUAAUCCUUUAAUCUAACACAACCAUAGUAACACACACAUUCACAUGCACAUUGAUGCUAAUACAUGGACGAUGGCUUUGUAAGAGGCUCAGCGCAGGACAAAGUCUAACCACCUGAGACGGCACACACACACACACACAGUUUCUCUGGUAUAUUAGAAAUGCAUCCAAACUACAAGAUUCUUGCAGAAAACCCCCAAACAUGUUAGAAAAGGAGUCUUAUCACUGGACCUGGUGGUAUUUUAGUAUUUAUCUUGAGAUGAAAAGGUUCCACAUACGAACACCAGAGCCGAAUCAUAAAUAUAAAUGCAAAUGUUCCUUAACUGGCUUAUUCUUU